AUGUUUUAUAACAACAGUGAAGUUUUAGAAAAAUUAUUAUUUCAAAUUGUGGCAAAGGCAGAAAAUGGAAUUUUUGUUCCACCAACACCUGAAGAGAUUCUGGAUAUUCGACGACGUCUUAAUCUCACUAAUCCUGGUUAUUUAGGAAAAGAAGUUGUGCUUCCAGAAGAUUUGCCCGCUGACAUUCAAGUUAAAGUCAACGAAAGUUACGAUAAAUUUAAAUUCAAUGAAUUUCUUUCUCAAAUAAUUCCAUUAGAUCGCGAAUUGAAAGAACUGCGAGGCGAGAUUUGUUUAAAAGCAACAUAUUCAAACAACUUGCCGAAAACGUCUGUGAUCAUUGCAUUUUAUAAUGAACCUUUCUCAAUGAUCAUGCGAACGAUUUACUCAAUUUUAAAACGUGCACCACUGGAACUCAUUGAAGAAAUUCUGUUGAUUGACGAUUGCUCAGAUGACGAAGAAAUUUUGAAAGCACUUCAUGAAGUUGUUCCAAAACUCCCCAAAGUUAGAAUAAUUCGAUCACCAACACGACUUGGUUUAAUGAAAGCAAGAGUACUUGGAGCUGACAGUGCCAUUGGACCUAUUUUGACUGUCAUAGAUUCUCAUGUUGAAUUUGGAAAUGGAUGGCUGCCGCCUCUGUUGGAUCCAUUCACGAAAAAGUCGAAUAUUAUUAUAUUGCCAGGUGUUGAAGUGUUAAAUCCAGAUACUUUGAAAUAUAAUCAUGUCAUAUUCGACGAAUAUACAUGGGUUGGAGGUUUCACAUGGGAAUUAAUGUACACAUGGACAAAUAUAAAGCGAAAUAAGGAAGAUAUGAUCAGCCCUGUUCCAUCACCAACAAUGUUGGGAGCUGCUUUUGUGAUUCGCAAAGAUUAUUUUGAAAGUCUUGGACAUUAUGACGAAGGCUUUGAGCUAUGGGGUGGUGAAAAUCUCGAAUUGAGCUUUAAAGUGUGGAUGUGUGGUGGCGAAAUGUAUCAAGCAUUCUGUUCGCAUGUUGGUCACAUGUUCAGAGCGAGACCUUAUUGGAAUGAUGAGGCAGAUAUGAAAAAAAUCAGAAACACUGAUCGUUUAGCUGAAGUUUGGCUUGAUGAUUAUAAGAAAUAUUAUCAUCAACAAACAAAGUUCAACAACCGAACAUUUGGAGACAUAACUAAACAAUUGGAUCUUAAGAAGAAACUUGGUUGCAAAUCCUUCCAGUGGUAUGUCGACAAUGUUUACCCGGGAGUAUAUACCUUAAAUUUUUAAAUGUAAAUUAGGCUUUUACUAAAUUUAAUCGAAACUUAAGUGCCAAUUAUAAGACUCAGUGAAUAUUUAGCAAAAUUCAAGUGGAUUGAAUUGAAGAAAAAAAAAGGAAAAACAGAAAUCCAAGCAAUUUGUUUUUAUUUUUAUUAAGGUUUUUACUUCAUGUUUAAAUACAAAUAAAUUACAAAUAAAAAAUGUUUUCGUUACAAAUAUUAUUUCAAGAAAGCGAAGUUUUCUUUCCUCUUCGUAAAAAAAGUAUUUACUUUAUGUUUGGCUCGUAUUUACGCAUCGUGCCAUAAAAAUUGAUUAUAUCUCUCAUCAUUUCAAUUCAAAGUAAUGAUAAAUGCUUUUACUCUCAUUCCAUGCAAAAAUGUGUUGGGGCAGUGGCAGCAAUGCGAACGAACAUUAAAAAUUUCCAUUUGAAACAUUUCAUUUCAUUUUAAAUUCACCACCCACCGUGUUGAUUUUAAUUAUUUAAAUAUGUGUAUCUCGGGAAUUAAAUUCACUCAUGUCACCUAAUUUCCAAAACGUCAAUGAAAAUGUUAUUAAUUCAAUCUCUUUCUAUAUCUCUCUUUGGGCUGCUGCUGCUCGCUUCAAAACGUUCGCGUUAAAUUUAUUUAUUUUUAUUUAUUUAUGUAGAUGCGUUUGCAAUUGAAGGCAAAGAUUCAUCUUCUGUAGUUCUCGAAAUGAAAUUCCAACUGAUGACCUUUUGAUGUGAGGUGCUAAUGAGUGCAAUAAAAUCAUUUGAUACUUUUCUCUUACUUAAACUCGCCUUAGCUACUUGUGCACAGUAAACAUGAAAACCGUUAAUUUUAUUUUAUAUAAAUCUAAGCCAAGCUACAAAAAGAAAACACAGAAUUUCAUUAGAUACGAUUCUUUUACUUUUAACUGACUUUCUACUUUAAAAAGCUUAUCAUAAAACUGAAUUGCUACGAGUUGAGUACGAAAGUAUAACAUUUUAAGGUUUGAAAUUUCAAUUUUCAUUAAUGCGCGUGUACACCAGAUUGCGUUUCUCCAUUACGAGUGUAUGCAAUAAAGUUUAAUUAAGCUUCCUAACUGUCUAGACAUGAAAAAUAAAAAGAGAAAUGAAAAACACUAUACGAUUAAAAAAUUAUUACGAAAAGAUUUAAAAAAAGUGCGCUUAAUAACUUAUUUAGGUAGAUUAACAGACACGUGAAGUGAGAAAAGUGCACAAAGUAAAAGUUUUCUCUCAUUCGCGUGACUAUUUUAUGCUUAUAUUGUUCCCGUCAUAUUCUAUUAGUUUAAUGGUAAUUGAUGUUAAUCAAGUGAAACUUUAGAAGUUGAUGCAAUGAGUAAUUUAUUUUCUUAUGAGUAAGCUAAACUUUUCCCUUUCAUGAUUUUAUCAAAAGACGUUUUUUGUUUACGAGCUAUCGCGAAAGAAACAAGAUUGAUGAAAGCUUUUAAGAAAACCUAAAGUUUGACUUGUUUAUAUGUCUUGAAAGCUCUCGUUGAAAUGAUUUACACGCAUUCGCCAUCGACUUCAUUGUCUUCAACAUCAAGCUCAAAUUCAUCGUCGGCUGUUGCUUCUUGGUAU